UUUGCGGCUUGGGCCGUGGCGCGGCCGCGGGGUCCGAGGUAAGGGUGGAGCCGGCUCUCGAGCGUGGGUCAGUGACCAGCCUGCGGGCGGCUGCGGCGGGACGGUGCUGGGGCGCCGGUGACCUCCGCGGCCCGGAAGGUCUUCUGCAGGUCGUCAGGUUCCUGGCAGCUCGGGUGCAUCUGGGCAGAGCAACAAUGAGAGCCAGUCAGAAGGACUUUGACAACGCGGUGAAGCAGGUGAAACUCUUGAAGGAGGACCCCGGGAACGAAGUGAAAGUCAAACUCUACGCACUGUAUAAGCAGGCCACAGAAGGAUCUUGUAAUGUGCCCAAACCAGGGGUGUUUGAUUUCAUCAACAAGGUCAAGUGGGAUGCCUGGAAUGCCCUUGGCAGCCUGCCCAAGGAAACUGCCAGGCAGAACUAUGUGGAUCUGGUGUCCAGCUUGAUCCCUUCCUCUGAGGCCAGUAGCCGGGGAGAGCCAGGCACUCAAGAGAAACUCCUUGCAUCUGAGGACGUCGUAGUGACCUCAGAAGACGGCAUCACAAAGAUCGUGUUCAACCGGCCCACGAAAAAAAACGCCAUCACCACCCAGAUGUACCAAGAAAUCACACAGGCACUUAAAACCGCAAGCAAGGAUAACUCGGCCAUGACUGUUUUCACCGGAAACGGUGACUACUACAGCAGUGGGAACGAUUUGACUAAUCUCACCAGCACUCCCUCUGGUAACAUAGAAGAAUUCGCUAAAAGGGGUGCUGACAUUCUGAGGGAUUUUGUAGACACCUUUAUAGACUUUCCCAAGCCGCUGGUUGCAGUGGUAAAUGGCCCUGCUGUGGGAAUCUCUGUCACUACUUUAGGGCUAUUUGACGUUGUGUACGCAUCGGACAAGGCAACAUUUCACACUCCAUUUAGUCACCUCGGCCAAACCCCCGAAGCAUGCUCCUCUUACACUUUCCCGAAGAUAAUGGGUCCAGCCAAGGCAAAUGAGAUGCUUAUUUUUGGGAAGAAGUUAACAGCAGGCGAGGCCUAUGCACAGGGCCUUGUUACUGAAGUCUUUCCUGACAGCACUUUGCAGAAAGAAGUCUGGGCCAGGCUGAAAGCUUACGCAAAGCUCCCGCCAAACGCUAUGAGAAUUUCCAAGAGUUUAAUCAAAAGCAGCAGCGAGAGGGAAAAGCUGCAUGCUGUUAACGCCGAGGAGUGCACCACCCUGCAGGCGCGGUGGCUGUCAGAAGAGUGCAUCGGUGCGGUCACGAGCUUCAUGUCCAGGAAAGCAAAACUGUGAAGACGCUACGCCAAGGAAGGGCUCUGCUGCGGCUGCACGUUCUCGAGCUUGCACACACAGACUUCCCUGCGCCUUUUCCAUGCUGACGUGUCAGUAGUGGCGAGAGUGUGCCCCGUGAAUAAACAGUUUGCUAAAACGAGCUUUAAGAAUUCGCUGUCUCUGUGGCCAUGGAAAGGAGAGCCUUACUUACGUCUUUAGACAUGAACCGCUGCUGCCAGGUGCAGUGGAACAUCGUGCCCGGGGACCAGCGCCGAAAAGCGCUCACAGCCUUACAGGCCGAGGUGACGUCCUUGAAGACCACGACGGCGCUCUGCCGGCCGCACGAGGUGAUCGAGCGGAUGGGGCCGAACUCCGACAGCGUGUGCGUCACCGACUUGAGGUCCUCGGUGGGUUGCAUGUUUUUCUUCAGCCACCUAGCGAGAGGGGUGUGUGGGGGGGACACAAGAAGCUUCACUUGUCUGCUCUUCUCCACACAUACACAAGUGAAUAAAGACGCACGAGGCACGAAA